CGGGGCCGGGGUCGGGGCCAUGUCGCGGCGGGAGCGGGGCCCGGAGCCGGGGCCGGGCGGUGCCGAGGUGGCUGCGGAGGAUGCGGAGCCGGAGAGUCCCGAUCAGUGCCUGUCGCUGCUGCCCUGGGACCGCUUCUCAGCCUGGCUGCACUGCGUGUGCGUGGUGGGCUUCGACCUGGAGCUGGGCCAGGCCGUGGAGGUGAUAUAUCCUCCACAUUCCAAACUCACAGAUAAAGAGAAAACCAAUAUUUGCUAUUUGUCUUUUCCAGAUUCUAAUUCAGGUUGUCUUGGGGACACACAAUUUUGUUUUAGAUUCCGACGGUCUCCUGGAAGGAAAGUCUCAUUCUGUUGUUUUCUGGACCAAUUGGAUAGAGAUCUACCAGUUUACUUAAAGAAAGACUCAGCAUAUUACUAUGGCUAUGUGUAUUUCAGACAAGUUCGAGACAAAUCAUUAAAAAGAGGCUAUUUCCAGAAGUCGCUGGUCCUCAUCAGCAAGCUGCCUUAUGUCCAUCUCUUUCGUACCAUGCUUAAGCAAAUAGCACCAGAAUAUUUUGAAAAAAGCGAAGCUUUCCUGGAAGCAGUUUGUAGUGACAUUGAUCGUUGGCCAGCACCAGUUCCAGGGGAAGUUCUGCAGUUGCCUCUUAUGGGUGUCAUAAUGAAGUUGCGGAUUCCAACAUAUCGUGACAAGCCUGGAACAUCGAUAGUACAGAAUAUGCACCAGGCAGAUGCUCAGAUCUCCAUGGCUUUACCGACUGUUCAUGAAGUAGAUCUUUUCAGGUGUUUCUGUCCAGUGUUCUUCCACAUUCAGAUGCUUUGGGAGCUGGUGCUGCUGGGAGAACCACUUGUUGUGAUGGCACCAUCACCAGCAGAAUCUUCAGAAACUGUGUUAGCCCUUGUUAGCUGUAUUUCACCACUGAAGUACUGCAGUGACUUCAGGCCAUACUUCACCAUCCACGACAGUGAAUUCAAAGAAUACACAACUCGCACACAAGCCCCGCCAUCUGUCAUUCUAGGAGUGACAAAUCCCUUUUUUGCUAAAACACUUCAGCACUGGCCUCACAUUAUCCGAAUUGGAGAUAUCAAGCUUCCAGGUGAAGUUCCAAAGCAGGUGAAAGUGAAAAAACUGAAGAACCUUAAAACUUUGGACUCCAAACCUGGUGUUUAUACCUCUUACAAGCCAUACUUGAACAAAGAUGAAGAAAUCGUUAAGCAGUUGCAAAAGGGAGUACAACAGAAGCGUCCUACAGAAGCCCAGAGUGUGAUACUUCGGCGCUAUUUCUUGGAACUGACGGAAAGUUUCAUUAUUCCUUUAGAACGUUACGUGGCAAGCUUAAUGCCUUUGCAGAAAUGCAUAUCACCCUGGAAGAGUCCACCACAGCUAAGGCAGUUUAGCCAAGAUGACUUCAUGAAGACAUUGGAAAAAGCAGGACCACAGCUCACCUCGGGUUUAAAGGGAGAUUGGAUAGGACUUUACAGGCAUUUUUUGAAAUCGCCCAACUUUGAUGGUUGGUUUAGGAACCGGCAGAAAGAAAUGACCCAGAAGUUAGAGGCCCUUCAUUUAGAAGAACUCUGUAAUGAGAACUUAGUUUUCUGGAGUCAGAAGCAUACUGAGGUAGAAACGGUGGAUCUUGUCUUAAAGUUAAAAAAUAAACUGUUGCAGGCUGACAGAGAACAUCUUCCUGUGAAAACUGACACACUGAAAAAGCUGCAGACACACAUCAAUGAUAUUAUACUGGCACUGCCAGAUGACUUACAGGACAUCUUGCUCAAAACUGGCACAACAUGAUUUCUGCUGAGCUUUUUUGGUGCCAAAAAACAGAAGGCAAGUAGUCUCACAGAAGACAGUGGCUUACCAAGUUUGGAACACAGCUCUAAACCAGUACAUUAACACUACAAACGGACUGUACUAACAGUAUAGCCCACUAUAUCAUUCUCACUGUUUUUUCCACUCAAUACCAAUGCAACUAAAGGGAUUUUUAUGUCUAAUACUAUUUGAAAUAAGUGCUCUUAAGAAUGAUCUGUGGGCAUAUAAACUGGGCCACAGUAUAGGACUACAGUGCAGUGCUGGCAUUGCAGAAUGUUUUCCAAUUGGUGCUGCUAUACCCAGUCCUUCUCAGGGGUAGGCAAUAUUGAACCUGUACUGUCCUGUUGAUGUAGUAUCUGAUUCUUUUUCUUUGUUUUUUACUUUCAGUUUUUAGCUAGUGGUAAGUCCAACUGACAUAUUGGUGAUUUGGCCAGAAUGCCUUAAAAUUGAGGUAUUUUACUGGUAAAUCACAGCUUUUAAAACUGUUUCAGGAGCAACUGAAAUGAUCACAUCCAUUCUUAACUUUCUGUAUUUCUCCUUCUUACCAUCUUUCCAAAAUGAUACUGAUUUAGCAUCUUUAAAGAAGAGAAGGCAGCUGACAAAAAUUUCCUGAAAGGAAAUCUCUUCCACUCAGUGUAAGUUAUCAGGGUGCUCUUACAUGCCUUAAAGUAAUUAUAUACUAAUUUGUGGUUUUAAACUGCUGACAUACAGGAUUUCAACUGGAUCACUCAUGUAAAUGUAAGCAUGCAGUAUUCAUCAGAGGAAAUGAACACUGUGGUGUUCUAAUAGGGAUUUUAAAAUGGGUAGUUUUGGUAGAGUUAGCUGAUACGCAGUCUGUUUCAGUUGGAGAUCAUACCAGUCAGCUCCUGUUAUAAUUUUUAACUUCAUUAUUUUUGACUUACCUAGUCAGGUGUGUGAGGAGGUGAUGAGGCUGGAGGGAGAAAAUGUUGGCUUCAUCUGAAGAAAGCCUCUGGACAGGUCAGACUGGCAAAAAAAGAUUGUAGCAUGAAAUUAUUCUCAGUAUGUGCAUACAGCAGACAUGCAUAAAGACUACCUUCCUCUUGCAUAUUCAGCAACAAGAAUGGGAUGUUUUAUCUUCUUGAACAAGUUUCAGUGGUAUAUAAGAACUCAGCUGCUCCACAUGCAGUGUUGUACUUUGACCAGUUUCAAGUAGAGCAAACAUAAUGUUAUAGUGCACACACAGCAUAUACUUCUAUAUGUCAAGUGGAUCACAGUUAUUAAAAAAAAACAACUCUGCUUUUAAGUGCUUGGAUAGAAUUUUUUAAAUCUUAAGACAUAAUCCUGCUAUAAGAACAUGCUUUUGUAUAACAAAUAUUUCAUACCAUCUUUAUAAAAAUGUCUUAUUUAGAUAUAAAGUGUCACAACAGUAUUUUUAUGAAAAUAAUGUAUUUUAAUACUGUUAUGUUUUUAUUUACAAUUACUCACGACCAAAAGUUUACUGUAUCUAUUAUGUUACAUAAACUAUACCACUUCAGCAUUAAUUGCUAUUUGCAAAUUUUUUUUUGCACGCCCUGUGAAAAGCAUUUCUAAUCAGAAAUUAUUAAGUGGCCAUUCAUACCCUAAAUUAUCUUAACUAUUUAAUCUGUAGCACUAUGUUGUUUCUUGGAACCAUGUAAACUGGUAACAACUAUGAUAACUAGCACAUGACUGCAAAUACUUUUUUUUUAAACAAAAAUAAAGAGUUUGAUUUUUAUUUUUUUU